AUGAAGAGAGAAAGACAUAACGAUGAUAGAAAAGAAGAUAGACUCAGCGAUUUAUCCGAAUGUGUUCUUCUUCACAUACUCUCCUUUUUGAGCGCCAAACAAGCCGUUCAAACUUGCAUUUUGUCCAAAAGAUGGAACAAUCUUUGGAAGCUUCUUCCCACCCUUAGAUUAAGUUCUUCAAACUUCGACACUCAGGAUGGUUUCACCCAAUUUACAACUAAAAUUUUGUCUCUUCGUGAUUAUUCAACUGCACACUAUCUCAGAUUUUGUAGCAAGGAUAUGGUAGAUUCUCAACUACUCGAAUGCAUUCUAAAUUGUGCUGUUUCACAAAAUCUACAACGGCUACUUAUCUCUCUCUUAUAUUAUAAUAUACACAUUCCGGCUUGCAUUUUUUCAUGUCACACAUUAACUUCUCUUAAACUUUAUGUUCGACAUCCUAAUGUGACAACAUUAUUUCCGAAUUCCCUAAAUUUGCCGGCAUUAACCCACUUGUCUCUAUUGUGCUUUGUAUUUCGUAGUGGCAAUGAUGGUCGAGCUGAACCCUUUUCAGCAUUAAAAAAAUUAAAUAUUUUAUCCAUUAGGUUCUGUAAAGUUUUGGAUGUAGACAAUCUCAGCAUAUCUAGUGCCACACUUACCAAUUUAACUAUACAAACAAAGCAGGGACGGAAUUACUCCAAAAUUGAACUAUCUACUCCAAAUCUUUCUACAUUUGCUUAUGGUGGUACUCCUUUCGAAAAAAUAUGUGGGAGCCAUCUUUGUUCUGUUAAACAUGUAAAUAUUGAUGCAUAUAUGCGCGUGAAUAAUGCUGAGCCUCCAUCCAAUCUACUCAGCUGGCUGAAAGAGUUUACUGAAAUCAAAUCAUUGACGGUAACUUCAACUACUCUUGAGGUUCUCUCCUUAGUUCCUAAUUUAUUGAAGGUUAAAUUUCACUCCUUGUGUAACUUGGAAACACUGAGAGUAAAAAAGGUAGGAAUUUCAUCUGCAUCUUACGAUUCAAUGGUACAUGGCAAAUUCGUGCCGCUGUCUGUCAAAUGCCAGAAUGAAUUUGCCAAGUUUCGAGAAGCCAUAUUUAAAGAAGGAUCUCCAGCCAUACCUGACGAUGAUAUAGUUGUCUUUUUGCUUCAAAAUUCACCUUCAGCAAAAAAAGUUCAUAUCAUUAAUUAG